AUGAAUCCGUUGAUCCCAGAAAUAUCUCGGUUGAGCGAAAACGUGAAAGUGAGCCAACAUUUGGAAUCGGAAAGUGAUUCCGGGAAUGAGAUUGUGUUGAGCUGUGAGGUUGAGGGCAAUCCGGAACCCAAAAUUGAAUUCUUACACAAUUCGGUGAAAAUACAGCGAACGCCACACUUGUCUGUACGACACAAACGCCUUCAUAUAUCCAAACAAUCGGUCGCUAAUAACGGAAUCUAUUCGUGUCGGGCCAGCAAUAAUGCCGCUAAAAUGGACAGCACUGACAACUUUGAACUUAAUAUCAAAGCCGACGGAAUCCCUCAUUUGCAACAAAUAUCUAAAUAUUCAACCGUUAAACUCAACGAAAGCAUUGAAUUGCAGUGUAUUUUUACGAACGCGGCUUCGAUUGAAUGGUAUGCGCCCAACAAAGACGUGCCAAUUGUUAACACUUCGAGAGUCACUGUUUUUACAAACGGAUCACUUCUUAUAAAUCGAGUCGAAAGAGAAGACAACGGCUUUUAUAAAUGCGUUGACUUAGAGGAAUUCGAUGCAAACGAUUUAAGCUCAACAUUUGCCCCAAACCUUAAUUUACAUAUUGUGCCAAAGAAUAGUCCAAAAGUUGAAUUAUAUUGUAUGUCUCCAAAUGGGUUCCCAAAACCGACCCUUUGGUGGGAAGACCCGAACGGCGAUAUUGUUUCCGACUCGGGAAGGGUUCGCGUCGAAGAGAAUGCUCUCAUUAUUGACGGACCCAUUAAGAAGAGCGACGCCGGGAAAUACCACUGCGUGGCCACCAAUUUGGCCGCCAGUAUGAAGAAAUUGUAUGAGAUAUAUGUGGCGACUCCGCCCACACUCACCGAUCCUAACAGUAUUAUUGCCGAUGAGGACGGACUGGCAGUAAUGCAUUGUUUAUAUACAGCCAGUCCUCACACAUCAGUCAAAUGGAUUAAAAACGGGAAAUAUUUGCGAAAUUCUAUUUCACAUUCGGUGUUAAAUAACGGAAGUCUUAUUAUAAAAAGGGCACAAAUUGCUGAUUCCGGGCAUUACUUGUGUGAAAUCAAUUCAACUGGAUUUCAAACAAUUCGCUCGAAAGCAGCAAAUCUUACGAUUAGAGAGAAACUGAAAUUCUUUAAUAUUCCUACGAAUAAAAACUUGGAAUUGAGCUCAAAGUCGAAACUUAUUUGCAAAGCCAAAGGAGCGCCUCUACUGACAGUCAAAUGGGUUAAAUGGACUAAAGACGGACAACUGAAGGGCUUGGACUGGCCCAACCAUAUACUCGACACUAACGGCACUCUUGAAUUCAACUUGGUCAAAAGGGAGGACGCCGGCAAUUAUACAUGCAUUGCAACUAAUUCUCAGGGCAUUAUCAACACUAGUAUAGAAGUGUUGGUAACUGUAAAACCCAAGUUCACAGUCGAGCCCAAACCUCAGACGAUUGUUGAGGGCUUUUCAGCACUUUUAGAUUGUAGGGCUGAGGGCAAUAGAGCCCAAAGUGAACCCAAUCCUAGUAUUCAAUGGGAUAAGGAUAAUGUGCUCAAUGGCUUUGAUGAGCAGAGGUUUGCGAUUAUGCCUAACGGCUCUCUUCUUAUAAAUGAAUAUGGCUGCACUGCAGGAAAUAGCGGUGGCUUUAGUCGUACUGAAGUCACUCUUACCGUUAAGAGCGGCGAUACCUAUAAUUUGAAUCAUUUGGGAGUGAAUUCCGAGGAAAACAACAAUAAGAUGACGCGAACCGUUACCAUAACAUUAGGCGCUGCGGCGCUCUAUAUGUUUCUGGUUAUGGCUCUUAUGAUAUACUGCCGAUUCAGACGAGCCAAACGCAAAGCCAUGACAAACGCCCGAAACGCACAAAACGGUAAAACUGAAAACAACGGAGACCUAGAGCUCAAGGAUAGGGCAAAGGCUGGCGACAAUCCAGAGCAGCACCGCUUGCUUACGGACGACAAACAAAAGCAAAUGACAAACAAAAUCCGUAACGAAGGCGACGUUCACUCCCAGACAUCCAGUAAUCAUAGCUCCAAACGAAGUAAGUCUCCGAUUGAAAAGUUAGAGAUCGCUCGACACGACCUCCAGAAGCUGUGCCUCUUAGGUCACGGAGAGUUCGGCGAAGUAUUCUUAGCCAAAGCCAACAUUAAUAAUAACAAAACCAUAGAAAACGGACAAAUCGUUUUGGUUAAGGCGUUGCAGUCAAAGGAUGAGAAUAUAAUUUUUGAUUAUAAACGGGAAAUAGAAAUGUUUCAUAAAUUAAAUAACGAGCGAAUCGUAAAACUGAUGGGUCUGUGCAGGGAUUGCGAGCCCUUUAUGUUUGUGUUGGAGUACAGCGAUUGGGGAGAUCUCAAGCAAUUCCUGUUGGCCACCAGACCUGAUGACAAGAGCCGUCGCGGCCCUAAACCAACGCCUCUCACAUUACCUCAAAUGCUUGGAAUCGGACAACAAAUUGCUUUUGCAAUGGAGUACUUAACUAACAAUAGACACGUUCACAAAGACUUGGCCACAAGAAACUGUUUGAUUACAUCCAAACUUGAUAUUAAAUUAAGCAGUACUUCACUCUCAAAAGACACCUAUUCCGCAGAUUAUUUUAAUUACCAAAACCGUGAUCUCCCGAUCCGAUGGGCGCCACACGAGGCGGUGGUGGAGGACGAGUGGUCGGCCAAAAGUGAUGUCUAUUCAUUUGGUGUGACGAUAUGGGAGAUCUGUUUUCAAGCAGAGCUGCCGUACUCUCAAUUGAAUGACUUAAAUGUUAUUCGUUUACUCGAAAAGAAUGAACUCAAACUGGAGGCGCCCGAAGCCAUGCCCAACAUGUUGAGGGAUCUAUUGAUAAGAUGUUGGAGUACUAGUCCUAAAGACAGACCAACUUUUACAGAGAUUUUUCAUAUAUUAAACAAAGCCAUUCAUAACAUUCAUAAAUGAUUUAAUUCAUUAUUUAUAUCGAUAUUCGCAACGAAUUCUUAAAAGACAAUUCUCUGCCUCUUUUUUCGUUAUCGUCUUAUCAUUAAAAUAUCCGUC